UAAUAAACAUAAAUGAUAUCAAUAACAGCGAUUGAAAUAGAUAUAAUUAUGUUGCUAUCACUAUUACAAGAAACACUGACAUUAAUUGGAGGUCUUCUCAUCAUCUACCUUAUAUACAUCAUUUUUAUAAGAGGAAGAGAUAAAUUACCUAAUAAUGCAACACACAUGGCACAUACUGCAUUACGUAAACUUGUUGAUCGUACAGUCGAUGAGGUAUGCAAAUUAUCAAAUUCGCAAAAUUCCCCUUCUAAUAAUACCAACGAUGAUCAAGUGGAUGCAAAUGACGAACUUACAAUGUCACGAAGAAAUCACGAUGACCUUUUUAAGAUGAUUAUUGUCAAUAAGGUGAUGGAGAAAUCUAGAUUCGACCAAUUUAAUAAGAACAACAAUAUUUCCAAUUUUCAAUUAUUAAAUGCAUAA